GCGGUCCGUAAACACACGAGGAUCGCGGGGCAGGAGGGGAGGUUACGGAUGUUCCCAGUAGCUGUAUUAUCCAAGAUUCUAACUGUCUUCUAAGCAGUUCCACAGCUGUCUGCCACUGGCACUGAGUUGUCCUCGCCAUGGUGUACUGGUUCUACAACCGGCGCGACCUCAAGGCCACGCCGUCAGCUCAGGAUGGGGUCAGCCAGGAGACGGAGAUGCGGUACCGGCGCGAGGGCGCCCGGUUCAUCAUGAACCUGGGCAGCAAGAUCGGCCUGCGCUACGACACGGUGGCCACUGGAGUGGUGUUCAUGCAUCGCUUCUACAUGUUCCACUCGUUCAAGGAGUUUGACAGAUAUGUGACGGCCUGCUGCUGCCUGUUCCUAGCCGGGAAGGUUGAGGAGACGCCCAAAAAGUGCAAGGACAUCAUCAAAGUGGCCAAAACUCUGCUGCCAGACACUAAAUUCACCGCGUUUGGCGCCGAUCCCAAGGAGGAGGUGAUGACUAUGGAGCGUAUUCUCCUCCAGACCAUCAAGUUUGACCUCCAGGUCGACCACCCAUACACCUAUCUCAUCAAAUACGCCAAGUGUCUCAAAGGCGACAAGGUCAAACUGCACAAGUGUGUGCAGAUGGCGUGGACGUUCGUCAACGACUCGCUGUGCACCACACUCAGUCUGCAGUGGGAGCCGGAGAUUAUCGCGAUCGCGCUGAUGUACCUGGCCGGCAAGCUGAGCAAGUUCGAGGUGGUGGACUGGGUGGGUCGUCAGCCGCACCACCUGCGCUGGUGGGACAUGUUCGUCGAAGACAUCUCUAUGGAACUGAUGGAGGACAUCUGUCACCAGGUUUUAGACCUGUACCAGCAGACCAAGGUGGCUGGUGUGGCGGCCGAGAGCCCGCCCCAGUCGUCUGCCGCCCCCGCCCCCGCCCCGGCCGCCCCCGCCGCCGCGGCCGCUCCGGCUGCCGCAGCUGUGCCCAAGCAGGAGCCGCCGGCGCCUGCAGUCGACCCGGCAUCGCUGGCGGCGCCGGCCGCCGAGCUCACGCCGGGCCGGGAGCUGCGAAAAUCGGCGCCCUCCACGCCGCCGCUGCAGGUGAAGGCGGAGCCGCCGGCCGUGGCCGCCCCCGCCGCCGCCCCCGCCCCGGCCGCCGCCGGCGGCGGCCCGCCCGGCGCGUCCGGUGGUCAGCCGCCCCAGUUCGGCGGCUUUGGCUACGGGCCGCCGCCGGGCGGGGCGUUUGGGUACGGGUACCCGCCGCACGCGGGAGCCGCGGCGCCGCCGCCUCCACCGCCCCCGCCGCCGCCGCCUCCGGGACCGGGCGGCCCGGCGGCGCCGUUCCCGCCCCAGUUCCCGCCGUUCGGGUUCCCGUCGGGCCCGGCGGACGGUAAGGGUGGGGCGGUGCCCCCGCCGCCGCCCCCGCCGCCGGCAUCCAAGUACCCGCCGCCGCCGGGCGCGUCCGUGCCGCCCCCGCCGCCGCCCCCGCCCAGCAGCGCGCCGCCGCCGCCGCCGCCACCGUUCCCGCCCGGCGGAAUGCCACCGAACAGAGGAUUCUUCCCUCCGCAGGGCGGACCACCGCCGGGCUUCAGACCUCCGGGACCCGGCUUCCCUCCCGGCCACCGGCCGUUCUAGAGAACAAGUGACAACCUCUCGGGGAGAGAGAGUGUCGGAGACUCGGAUAAACCGAGCUCACUAACUACUGGAGAGCAGAGGUGUGGAGUGUUAGCGUCCGUGCUGUGUCGGUAGACGGUGUACGUUCUGUGGAGGAGGAGGAGGUGUUAUGUGUCUUCUUUAGCGCCAAGGCCGGAUCUCUGAGGAAUCUGUAACCGGGCUGAUCAUGCUGCAGCAUGCGAGCGGUAGCAUUGCCGUCUCGCUGGGCUGUAAUGAUGGACGGAAGGCUGACCGUCCACUGUCCAGUGACUGUGGACUGACUGUUGUCGAUGGAAGAAGCUCGUUUGUGACACGGUAGCGCAGGACAGAGAGCAGAGAUGUCUUGCAGGGCUAAUGCUGUGUGACGGGACCCUUAUUGUGGUGAACCAGUCCGUGCAUUUUCCACCACAAUGUGUGAAUGUACGCGACUGAGUGAUUUUAGACAUGUUUUCUCCUGAAAACCGAUGUACUGUGGACAUGAUUUUGAUAAAACUGUUAUGUGAAGGACAAUACAACAUUCUUGUGUA